AGGGCAGCCCAAGUGAAUUUGGGCUAAUCGAGGCCCCGCCAACAGGGAAAGGGGGAGGGUACUUUUCUGGUCUGUUUUUCUUGGGCAUAUUCUUGUAUUUUGUUGCCAAAGAUCAAUGGAUGUAGAACAAUGGCUUUCAACAGACCUACCGAAGCUCAGUGUCACAUGCUGGUCAAUGAGUACCAGGCAUGUAAAAGGAAACUGGAAAGUAAGAAGGAGGCCCUUGUCAUCAUGGCCAGGGAACUGGAGAACACCCAGAAAGAGCGGGACCAGUUCAAGCUGAUGGCUGACCAGCUGAGGGAGAGGUAUCAGACUCUCAGGAAGAGAUAUGAAGAAAAGGAGAGGAGGGAUGUGUCUGUUUUCCCCCAACAGGCCAAAUCUCCCACCCGAGCAUCAGACUCCCUGGACCCAUCACAGUUCAGUGAUACCAGGAGCAAGAUGUUACGGGAAAGUCUGGCCAGGAUGAGAGUUGGAGAUGAGGGUGUGGGGAACAGACACUUUCCUAAGCACGAGCGAGAAGACCUGGUCAAGCAACUUGAAGAAGCAAGAGAAAGGACUGAACUGUUGGAGAGAGAUAUGCAGGCCAUGUCUGAUGAGAAGGAGGAGAUGUCUUCUGAGAGGAACUUCCACCGCGACAGAGCAGAGAGGCUGAACGAGGAGCUGAACUACAUCCUGCGGGGAGACGAGAAGAGGAUUGUUGACAUCGAUGCUCUCAGGAUGGAAAACAAAUAUCUGCAGGAGAGAGUCAAGCAGGCCCAGGAAGAGAAGAGCCUUCUGCAGACAACUAUUGGCAAAUACAAACAAGCCUUGGACAGAAGGAAAGGGAAAGGUAUUCUGAAAAUUGGAGCUAACAGAACUGGUGGAGUGGUGGUGUCACAGAAGCAGGUCCAGCAGCUAUUACAUGGCAGGAUGGGAAGCAUCCCAGCAACCCCUUCAUCUGUGGCAGACCUGCAGUCCCUGGCAGCAUCACUAGUGGAAACCAUCAACGACAAGAACAUGGCUCUACAACAUCAGAGGAACACAAACAAAAUUCUGGGUAACAGGGUGAAUGAAUUGGAGAAGAAGCUGAAAACCCUUGAGGUGUCUGGACUGUGGAGCCUACCAGGCUUUGUGCGUUUUGUGGUGCAAGGCAGAGAAACAGGAGACAAGGCCCAGAUGGGACAAGGACUGGAGGCGCUGAUCCCCAAGAAGGUCACUCCCCCCUCCAGGAUCAACCCCUUCAACUACCCCUCCGACCAGGGAGCCUGUGCCCCUCCCCCUGGGGAGAGACAGUCCCCCGUGGGAAGUGCUGCAGAACCAAAGGAAAACGGUGCUGCUGAUGAUGACCAAGCACAGGGGGAUACAGGUACAAUGUCCCCACCUCCAGAGCUUCUGACCCCACCCCUAGGGGACCUCCUGUCCCCCCAGGAGAGCCUGUCAUCAUCUGAUGCAUGCUCAGUUGGAAAUGUGUCCCGAUUGGUCGAGGCGCUGAUAUGUGAUGGCCAAUCACCUGAGAGACCGUUGACCCUACAUUUGCGAGACCGGUCCAUGAGUUCACCAGAGUACUCUCACUCUCGUAGAAGACGAUACAGCUCUGGAGAUCUGAUGCUGUUGGAAGACUUGGUCUCUCCCACCAUCAGUGAACAGUCCUUCGGAGAGAAGGACAGGGUGAGCAUCACAGAGGAUCCCCCCAGCUGUGUGUCAGACGAGGUCAGUAGCAUGUCAGAGGCCACAGGUCAGCAGCAGGUCAUGACCUCAGAAGAAGCAGAAAACACAGGUGGACCAGAUGAUGAUAGCAUUGAGGUUACAGACCAAGAGGAAGGUGCAAUGGUGUCACGUGUUUCAGAAGCGGCAGAAGAAAUGUCUGCUUUUGAUCACAGUGGUACAGAGGAGUCCAGCCCUCUGCUUGGAGCAACAGCUCUGCCUGAAGAAGAAAAACCCCAGAAUGCACAACAUCUGUCAGAAGUUGCAAUACAGGCUGUAGAGUUAGAGGACGCUUUUGACAAAGCUACAGGCAAGCUUGGGCAUGACACAGAGGAAGGACAGUCUUCCCCUGUUAGAGGAGACACAGAACCAUUGUUGCCAAAGUAGCAACAGAGAUUUUGCUGCUCCUCCCCUCAAACUGUACGUGUACUGCCCAGCUUGUGACAGGGCUGGCUGUUCCUUCCCCUGUAGUACUAUCAGGUAGACUGAAUCAUAGAUGACCACUAUCACCCAUCAAGGAUAAAAGCUCCUUAGGUACAUGUACUUAGUUAACUACUUUACAAGCUGUAUGUAUUCCUAGUGGCCACACGUUUAUUGUCACAAAACCAAUUUAUUUGUCAGAUAUUGCAUGUGAUAUAUGCUAUAGGCAGUGGAGCUGUUGUUAUACAAAAGACAUAGCUUAAAUGAUAAAAAGCCUAGAGUUUAAGCAUGUUGCUGUUAAACUCAUAGUAACCCUUUACAUUUUGUUAGUAUGGCUGUUUUGUUUGAAUCUUGGAACGUCUGUCUUACAUGUAGCUUUAUCAGAUUGCUUACCACUAACUGUCUUAAAUACUUUUCUUUUUCUGUCACUUUUAUCCUUUAAAAUAUAUCUACCUCUUCUCAAGAGGACAAAAUGUAUGUAUAUAGAAAGUAGUAACUGUUAAUCUUGCCCUUUGCUGCUACCUCUCCAUGUUGGUUAAAGCAUAUAUACUGGCUGUUUGAUAAGGGUAGAUCUCUAAAACUAGUUAAUGUGAAGGGCUGUGGGUGUCAGGGUCAAACCGGACCCUUUAAAGACAAAGCUAAGGAAAGAAUUGAUACUUUGUAUUCUGUAAAGACAGUACAACUAUAGGAACUUUGUUAGAUAUUCAAAAAUUUAUAUGUGCCAUGUGUACCAAGUAUUUAGAGUGCAAAUGCAAGUGUUAAGCUUAUGAAGUACAAAAGGUCCAAUAAGGAAAAGGAAGGCAUUUGGGUGAAAGAUGGCAAUAGUUGAUGCAUGUCUAUCCUACUUCCUUAAGUUCCUGUAUACCGUUUUGCUGAUAAUUGUAUUUCCUUAAUUUGCAUAUAUAUUUGAGGUGUAGGGACUUCUCUGAUACCUUCUUGUUAGCUUUGGCUUAUACUUCUCUGUUGGUUAAAUGAAAAACAAAGUUAAGGAUGUUCUUUUCUGCUGAAACCAUUGAAUGGGUUAUGUGUAUAUACUCCAAAGUGACAGUAGUUGCAAGUCUGUUUGGGUUAAAACCAUGCCAAAUCUGAAGUUCAGUGUUGAAGUCUUUGAUGUGCCAAGGCAACAGAGAUCCUUGUGAUUUUAGUAUGAUCAUAGUGCCUUCAUGUAAUUCUUUGCAAUAGAAUUAAUAUAAUCUUUGCUUGUACAACUGACAAGGAUUGGAUAUUGGUUAAAGGUCAUGGUUCACCUGUCAGAUAAUAAUUUCCAACAUUGCUUUAGUUCAUGUCAUUGUUGUAUUAUCCUAGAACUUCGUACUACAGAAGCAUUGUGAGCUGUAGUAAUCUUAAAGUAUUGUAUAUUUUCUGUGCCUUAUGGUUUCUGUCUGUGAAAGAUUGUCUUUUUAUUAUACAUGUUAUGAUAGGUGUCAAUCAAAUCCAACAAUUCCCCAUCAACUAGAUAGCUUGUUAAAACGCACAACUACUAUGAAAUGGUCAUCAGACAUUUACAAAUGUCUUCUGGUUAAGGUUAUAGGGAAUCCCUAUAGAGGUAUUGAUGUAAUUCCAGGGCAAUGCAAAUAAUGGUAGGUUUAUGUAUGGUAUAGUUUAUAGUGGUUAGUUAAUUGGUUCUUUUUGUAAAUUUAUGGAAUGUGGAGUGGAUUAUGCAAUUAAGUCAUAAUAGUUUUUAUUGAAAUCAAAGGGAGCUGCAAUGAGUUUGAUGGUAUGAAACUGACACCAUAAACUACUACUUAAUUAAUCUCUGUCUCAUACUUUCCACUAAAGUCAAGUUAUGCUUGUAACAAGACUCUUACCAUACUCAUGGAAAAGAAAAGACGAGUCAGUAGUCAAUUAUCUAUUUGUAUUUCCCUCCAGAAAUUAAAUUUUGCAAAUGCUAAUAAAACCCGGCUGCUGUCUUUGCUAAUGAAAAUACAAAAGAAAAUUGUACACAUUACCAGUAGAUGGCACCAGAUAAGUGCAUUGACAAUCUAUGAUGUAUAGUUUAGGUCUUUGAAAUGUAUAUUUCCACUAUUAAAUGGAUCACCUUAUAGCCAUGUAGGCCUGUGCAAUUCUUAUUUCCUCUGCAUUACAGCAAUUUUGUAAGUCUAUAGAAUUUAAUUCUAAGACGUUUUGUGUUCAGCAUGGAAUUGUGACAUCUGUGAGCAUUGUUAUUCAAAGAUGUCAACUGGAUUUUACUUGAUUUUCUCUACUGCAAUGUACAGUUUAUGAUGUAAUUUUUUUCUUCAAAUUUUUAUUGGGGAUGUCUUGUAUGAUCUUUAAUCAAUGCUACAUUCCAAAUGAAAAUGCAUAUAUGCAAUGUAGGUAUAGGGACUGAUAAUAUGUUCAGUUCAUCCAAUUUCUGGUGACAGAAUUUGUGACCUCCAUGUAGAACUAUCUCUGUCACUCAUGGUAGUAUCAAAUGGUGUCAGAUCCAUAACUUUGCAAUGUUGAUAAGAAUGUGAAAGUUGGAUGUCGUAGGUGGAAUGAAAUUGUGAUAUAAUCUUAAGAUAAAAAAGAAUAAGAUUACAGAUGGUCUGAAUAUUUUGUUUGGGAUGUUGCGAGCUUAAGCUGCCCACAGUAUUUGUGGGAAGACUUACGGAGAAAUGUCAUGAUGGUUAUGCCAAGUACGUGCACAUUUAGAUGGUUUGGAGACAUACAUAAUUGAUAGCAGUUGACGUAAUCCAAAUCCUCCACAUAAAUGUCAUGUUUGAUGAUAUAUUAUAUCAUAAUGUUAGAUUUAUAUCCUCAGUAUGAGAUGUAUAAGAUUCUUGUAGAUGGCGAGGAUAGAGCACUGAUGGCAAUGUUUAAAAUAUACAGAUUAAAGCUACCAGAUAGUUGCAUCUUCU